AUGGGAAAAGUCGAUCUAAUCGUCAAUACCGGGCUUGGCCCGGUCAAGGGAACAACCCGAACUUCGCUCUACGGAACGGAGUACGUCAGUUUUCAGGGAAUACCAUACGCAAAGCCUCCGGUCGGAGAGCUUAGAUUCAAGGAUCCUUCUCCUCCGGAAAACUGGACGGAAGUGCUCGAUUGUACAUCACAAUGUGAUCCUUGUUACCAUUUAGAUCGUCGUGUUAACAAAAUCGUCGGCAGUGAAGACAGUUUGAAACUGAACAUUUUCACCAAAACGAUCAAAACACGCCAGCCUCUUCCGGUUAUGGUGUACAUUUAUGGUGGUGGAUUUGUCGAAGGAACUAGCGGAACUGAGAUCUACGGUCCGGACUACCUCGUUGAGAAGGAUAUUGUGCUGGUUACGCUAAACUAUCGUGUUGGAGCGCUUGGCUUUCUCUGCUGCCAAUCACCCGAAGUCGGUGUCCCAGGUAAUGCUGGUUUGAAGGACCAAAGGCUUGCGAUGGUGUGGGUUCGAGAAAAUAUUGCAUUCUUCGGCGGGGAUCCGAAUGCGAUCACAAUAUUUGGCCACAGCGCUGGUGGCGCCUCAGUGCAGUACCAUACCAUUGCGGAAGUGUCGCGGAAUUUGUUCCACAGAGCAAUUAUCAUGUCCGGGAGUACUAUGUGCGGAUGGUCGCUGUCUCCCCAGCGCAAUUGGCCCGAGAAGCUUGCGAAAGCCAUCGGUUGGCAAGGCGAAGGCGAUGAACGAGAAGCACUUGACUUCCUCCGACAAGCCUCACCAGAGGAUAUCGUUAAUCAUCAGGAAAAUUUGUUUGGUCCUCAGGAGAUUCAGGAAGGUGUGCUAACUCCAUUUGCUCCGACGAUCGAGCCUUAUGAAAGCGAAAUCUGCUUCAUACCCAAAUCGCCUCUCGAAAUGUCGCGUACAGCGUGGGGAAAUGGAAUUGACGUAAUGAUUGGAGGUACCUCCGAAGAGGGCUUGAUCCUUUACCAGAAAGUUAAAACGAAUCUUCCAGCUGUGCUGCAAAACCCGCACCUAUUUGUUGGUAACGUUCCAUUCCAUUUGCAAAUUUCCUUAGAACAACGGAUGGCUUUUGGAGAACAGCUAAAACAGCUGUACUAUCCAGACACGGUUCCUUCAAAGGAAAAUUUGGGGGGAUUCAUCGACAUGGCCACGGACAAUAUCUUCUGGCACGGUCUUCAUCGCACUAUUUUAUCCCGCUGCCGUCAUGAAACCGGUGCGAAAACUUUUGUGUACCGCUUCUGUGUUGACUCUCCUUUUUUUAAUCACUACCGCAUCCACAUGGUUGAUGCCAACAUGCGCGGAACAUCUCAUGCAGAUGAAAUUUCAUAUUUGUUCUCAAACGUGUUUGCAAAACCAUUAGACCACAAUUCGUUUGAAUAUCGCGCAAUUCAAUACAUGGUGGAUAUAUUCGCCAGUUUCGCCGCAAAAAGUGAUCCAAACUGUGCAAGCACAGCAAAUAUUGCGUGGAAUGCAGUUCCUAAAACUGCACCACCGUACGACUGUUUGAACAUUUCCAACGACGGAGUUCAAGUCAUGGAGUUGCCCGAAACAAAGCGAAUGAAAUUGUGGGAUUCUUUUUAUGUCAAUGAUACUCUUUUCUAA